AUGGCUUCCAAUCCUCCUGCUGCAUGCUGUGCCACUGGUUUCAGACACGAAGGCACUCCCGCUGGUGAGAUCAAGAAAAUCGACGGAGUCGAUACCUAUAUCGUCUACCCUAAGGAUAACAAGACCCCCGAGAAGGCCAUUCUCUUCGUGAGCGAUAUCUUCGGCAUCUACCCCAACGCCCAGCUCCUCGCCGACGAGUUCGCCAACAAUGGCUACCUGACCAUCAUCCCGGAUAUUUUCCAGGGUGAUGCGAUCAAUGUCAACGACAUGGUGACUGGCAAGGCCAACCUGCCUGCAUGGCUCCCCAACCACCAGCCUGCACACGUUGAGCCUCCCAUUGUGUCGACCCUUAAGUACAUCCGCGAGACUCUCGGCGUUAAGAAGGUCGGCGCUGUUGGCUACUGCUUCGGCGGUAAGUACGUCUGCCGCUUCCUCAAGCCUGGCCAGAUUGACGUCGGUUACACCGCGCACCCCUCGUUCGUUACCCACGAGGAGCUUGGCGCCAUUAAGGGCCCCUUGUCUAUCUCUGCUGCUGAGGUCGACUCCAUCUUCACUACCCAGCUUCGUCACGAGUCUGAGGAUAUUCUCAUCAAGGCUGACCAGCCUUGGCAGAUCAACCUGUUCAGCGGUGUCAGCCACGGCUUCGCUGUGCGCGCCGAUCUAAGCGACCCCAAGCAGAAGUGGGCUAAGGAGCAGGCCUUCUGCCAGGCUGUUAACUGGUUCAACCAACACCUGUAA